UGCUCUGAAACACGUUGCUAAACUCUAUGAACAAUAACACGGAAUCUCACCAGUAACGCGUGUCGUGGGCUUUGUAUAGCUCAUAGAAGUCAAAUAUCCGAAGUUCAUACGCAUUUAUAGGCACUUUUUAAUUGGGUCGAAGUAUUUAGCAAUAACUUAAGUCGUAUGAGGCCAACGUUUCAAAUAUUUUGCCAUUCCUCGUCAUAAUGAAGUUACCCAGCACAGUGACUUAACGUUAAACGGUUUCGUAAUAAAAGUAGGCAUUUGAGAAAAAUGAUCAAGCUCAGUCCUAGCCACGAUUAGCCGAAAUUAUUAUUGGUCACUGUGAAUCGCUCUUAUUGGCAAAAUGGUGAUUUGUACUUUGUGAUAUUCUGUUAUUAUUCCAAACAAAUUAAAAGUGACGAUUAGUAGCCGGGCCUAGCCAGCUAACGUUAGCGGCGGCUAAGCAGUAGCUUUCGAGUUGGAAUACCUGACCUGUCAACGUUGUUGUUGCUAUGGAACAACCACCAUGGAGCUUUGAUGAUCUCCAACCUCAGGACCUUUCCACCUCAAGCAUUCCCAACGUGGUUGACCUGACCAGGAACGGCAGCCUGAAUGUCAAGCCCUGCCAUGUCCACAGCGCUGACUGGCACCCAAAUUCCGGAUUAGCCUCAACACGGACCACCGCAUCCUCUAAUUCCUCUCAGCCAUCAGCGGAUCAAAUUCAACCGGACAAUGCCUUGUCCCACACCACAGUGACCCUAUCCUAUGUGAGCAGUUCUCCCAUUAACUCAGCAUCUCAGGCUCGAACUGGUUUGCCGCCUAUCUGCAAGUUCUCCCUUCUCCCUUCUUGUGAGGCUGAGAAAGGUCUUCGCGAGACCACCUCUACACUGAACCAGCAUUACUUGGAACACUGUGACACACCAGUGGACCUUGUCACUAAGGCUCCGGAGGUUGAUCGACUUUGUCUACCUCAGGAGAUUUGUGAACGGAAUGGGACUGUAAGUUCGAGCACGACUCGCAGAGAGGAACACGGCAUUCCCGAGAGUGCAGAAACCAGUGACCGCUUGGAAAAUGGCCGAGAUGACAGCUGGUCAAGUUUAGGUGCGGUGUCACUCGAAACUGACAUGACUGUCCUAAGGACCGGAAAUUCCGAGACGCUGCUACAGGUAUCGAAAAAGGAGGAACCGGUCCAGAACAAAGAGGCCGCAACAGAGCUGCGCUUUCUGACCAGGGAGUGUCAAAGCCCCCUUGAAGAGCCCUCUGCUACCUCACCGUGUCAUUUGGAGGAUGUGUUAAUGCUGCCCCAGGCCUCCGCCUCACCAAGCGGGGACAACUCUUUUCCAGCAGAUGAGGCUGCAUGGGAUGGCUCCAUCACAGAAGGGGCCAGCUUGGAUUCGAGUGAUGAAAACAGGCAGCCAAGGAGGCCAGAGCCCAAGCCUUUGAUUGACCUGACGGACGAUGUUUGUCCGUCAGGAAUUUCAGGGGACAAAGCCGACGCUCUCACCACCCCGCACAUGAACGGCAAUGUCAGCGCGCCCCAGGAAAGGAAACUGCCUUUGCGUUCAAACAGAGGGGUUCGCUUACAAUCGCUAGUUAUCAAUAUCAAUUCAAGUAGUUAUAAAGUAUCGGGACGCGUUAACACUAACGCCGAUGCUUCCAAAACUCGGGAUUCGGAUGCAAUUAAUCCAAAGAAGAAUGGCACCCUGUCGAAUGGGAAAAGCAGGAGCAAAGCGAAAGCAAAACACAAAGUAGUAACCCCGCCUAGAAAAGGGCAUCAAUGCAAAACUAUUACCUCCAAUUGUGUUGUUCAUUCUAAAAAGUCCAACGGUAAGUUUACAAAGGCCAUGCCAGAGGAGGUACCUUACCCUGGACAUUUGCCACAGGUGAGGUCAAACUGUUCAAGUCCUGUGUUGAAAAACUCCAAAAAAGAGCCAGAUCUCGUGCACUCUGAUCCCCCCUCAUUGGAAAAAAAGCAAGCAAGAUGCUCCCCACCACCACCAGCAGCAGCUAAAGAAUCUCCAAAGAAAAGCCCGUGUUCACCAAAAGAUCCGCCCAAAUCCUCAGCUGCAAAGAAAAAGGUGGCGCGCACUCCCAAGAAGCGACGGAAGAAGCGUCAACCCGCACCAUUUUUUCCCAUCUUCGCUCCCAGGGAGCCCGAAAUCAAAUUGAGAUAUGUCCACUACAAAGAAGAAAAAAAGGACUCCAGGUACCUGCAUUUCUCCCCCUUCAUCCGGCUGCAUGGCCAGCAGUCGUCCACGUCACAAUGCAGCGUCGUCAACUACCCGGAAGAAGUGGCAACGCAGGCCAAAAAGGGCCCAAGAGAGCAGGAGGAUCACCACCACCACCACCACAGCAGCUUUCUUUCUGGAACGCUACCCAACACUUCCUGUCUCCAGCUGGGUCGGGCGUCCACUCAGGGUCAGCGGCGGGGCGCCCUCAUCUGUUGCCUGUGUGCUCUCUCUGCCAAUGCCAUGGACUUGGGGGAUCUCCAUGGUCCCUACUACCCUGAAGGACAGCGGGUAUCCAGACCCGAGACGUCAACACUUAGGUCCGAUCUUAAAGACCGCAAGAAUGACUACAGCGAUUCCGAUUCUUCGUCCUGUAGCGUCGGGGGCAGGGGGAAGAAACGGGCCGCCAACCAGUGGUGGCAGAAGGGCCUCCCGCCGACUGCCGCCGCCGACGACCCCGGCAGCCCGGCGGCGGCGAAACGCGCUCGUUCGCAAAUGUGGCCAGCAGAUGUGGAGGACUGGUACAGCGCCCCUGUGCUGCCCAUGGAGCCCCGUGAGUACUGGCUUCACGAAGACUGCGCCAUCUGGUCGGCCGGCGUCUUCUUGGUGAAGGGCAGAGUCUACGGCCUGGAGGAAACUGUCAAAGUGGCCCGGCAGACGAUGUGCUCGGCCUGCUCUGGCCCAGGUGCAACGCUCGGCUGUUUCUUCAAAGGUUGUCCGAACAAAUACCACUACAGAUGUGCUCUGGAGGCAGACUGCGUCCUCGUCGAAGAAAACUUUUCCAUGAAGUGUAAAAAGCACAAGAACAAGACACUCAAAGCCCCAGUGGGGAUGCACAGCGAUCCCAGGAGAAAGAGACCCUCUUGAUAUCCAUUCACCUGGCAAAUUGCCCUCUGGACUAUGUGAAGUGGACAUCUAGCACCCAUAAACCUUAACUCCUCCUUUUUGCUUGGACUCACCACUUGGUCAAAAUGAUUUGGUUUUUCCCCCCAAAACAACAAUCAAUAUCUGUAAUUUAAACAAAAAUUGUACAUAGUUGAUUAUAUUUGGUUCUAUUUA